UAUCAUUAGAGCUGUUUACAAACGGUAAAAGAAUAUUCGCUAGAGCCCUAGCGCUAGCUAUGGAGGAGGAAGACAUCGAAAUGGGGCAAGGCGGACGCUGGAGCCAUCGAUCCGGCGUCUCCUCGAUGAUGAUUUCUUCGGCCGCCUACAGCGUCAUGGGACUGCUUGUCAAGAUCCUUGCCGUAAAAUCCUUCCCAUCCUCGCAAAUUGUGGCCGCUCGCUGUGGAAUCGUGGCGCUGCUAUCGGGUCUGGAGCUCCGCCGCAUGAAAUAUCCGCUGCUGGGAUCGGCCGCAGCGAGGCAGCUGGUGAUCAGUCGUGCCAUCGUUGGCUUUGUUGCGCUUUCUACAUAUUUCUACAGCAUACAGGUGCUUCCACUGCGAGACGCUACCAUUCUCAACUUCACCAUGCCUGUAUUCACGGCGAUUCUAGCAACAUUUUUGCUGCAUGAAAGCUGGGGAAUCUACGAUAUCACAGGGACGCUUUUCAGCUUUUUAGGUGUCCUGCUCGUCAUACAGCCACAAAAUCUCGUCACAGAUGCAUGCUUGGGAGUAGCUAUGGCAAUGGUUGGAGCCUCGAUGGGUGCGCUGUCAUAUAUUAUCAUUCGCAUGGUUGGAAAACACGGCGAGCCUCCAGCUGUUUGCGUUUUUGCGUUUGCUGCCUUUUCAGCUCCAAUGGCUUUGUUUGCCAUGCUCUUCCAGGGAUGGAAACUUCCCGGCGUCAUAGAGACUCUGGAGCUUUGUGGGGUUGGCCUCUCGGCUUAUGCGGCUCAAAUAUUCUUAACCAGAGGCUUGCAGCUAGAGAAAGCAGCCAAAGCAACAUCAAUGCAAUACGUCAAGGUUGUGUGUAGCUACGUUCUCGGGGUGGUUUUCCUUGGAGAGAGACCAUCGUUGCAGGGUGCAAUUGGAGCAGUUUUGAUUACAUGCAGCGCAGCAUUUGUUUCUGGGAAGGAGAGUACAAAAACUCAUCCCAAAUAGCACGAAGAAGUUCUCAGGAGAAUGAAGCCGAUCGCCGCGACUGUCACCAGGAACAGCAGCAUGCGGCAGCAAUCCGCCACCAAAGUUCGUCGUGGAUCCCCCUCAGCAGUGGCUGCAGAAUCGUGGCUCUGCAAGAAUCAAGCGAAGCGAAGCUAGUCUAGAAGAAGCAAGAAACUGGAAACUACCCGAGCUGGUGGUGCCUCUCGCCUCGGACGAUGGUGGUUGCUCGCCUCCGCUGCAAGCAACGUGAAAAUCGAUCAGAUCCAAGAAAGAGAUGGAAUGAUUUGGGUCGUCGAGAAGAAUGCCUGGCAGGGCUGCCGAUUGCAAGCGCAGGAGCAGCCUGAGAGCGGCGUUGGAACGCCGGAGGGCUGCCAUUCCUUGCCGCUGCUGCUCGCUCAUUCUCACGCGGAAGAUGAUUUGAUCCAACGGUCAACGCA